CGCAUGCUGGUAGGAUUGAUGGGGCAAAAUCAAUAUCACAUGGUGUUUGUCUGGGCGCAAACCGACAAGUUUGCGGUCGAGUUUGUUUCUCCCCCUUGAAUGAGAUAACCAUUUCAGUGUUGUUGUUGCUACUGCAUACAAAAUGUGACAAUGAUCACUCCUACCCAUAAUUUGCCAUUAUCGUCUUUAAGGUUACAGUCAAACCAGGUCAAGCGUUCCCGUCACUAGCAAACUAAUGAAUUCAUUAAUGGAAUGAUGAUUUGGUUUGUUGAUUCAAUAAUGAAUCCAUUCAUAAAAUGGAUAAUCGAACAAUCAAAUUGGACCUCGAUUCAAUAAUUAAAUGUUGAUUUGGUUUAUUAACAAAAUCUACCUGUUCUUUAUUCUUGUCUGUUGAGUUCAAUCGUCUUUGCUUCCCUUUUCCUGCCGUUUACGACUGCGUUUGUAAUUGCCUUUAAUCAAAAUAACAGCUAGAAGAGACAGACCGCAAACACAAAGAAACUGACAAAGGCCGGGGAUCGAAAUCCACCAAUCACCGCACAUACACUGACCUUAGUUUCACUAUCGUGUUUCCUAAGAGGUCAGGUCCGUUGCAGUGAAUACUGGAAACAAAAUGACGUACAUGUAACAGUUUGUUUGGGUUUGAAAUUCAGAACUCGCCCGAACUCGACUCUAAGAAAAAAAGGAGAAAAAAAAGUGUAGUUUAUCUAAAAACAGUAAUCGAAUCAACAUUCGAUUAUGGAAUCGAGGCUAAAUAUGAAUAUUGGAUUGUUCAUUUUAUGAAUGGAUUAUUGAAUCAAUAAACGAAAUCAUUUUUCCGUUAAUGAAUUUAUUAGUUCGUUAGCGACGGGAACGAUUCACCUGGUUUGACUGUAAAAGUUCUUUACUUUCUGUUGUCUAUGCAGGGGCACCCAACGGCAAUUUUCGGGAAAAUGUCUGUUCGGAAGACGAUUUGAGAUCUAGAAUUUUCGGAGCAUUUGUUGUAAAAUUUCUUGCUUGCCUGCCUCUCCUAGGAUAUUCGAAGAUCUACAAAAUGGUGUAAUUACCCAUUUUUAACGGAUUUUGACCCUAAAAAAGGCCACCUAGAAUUUUCGGCAGCCUUUUCCUGGCUGAAAUUUUCGAGAAGGUGAGUUUUUAUCCCUAUAAUUUUCGGAUCACUAGACUUUCAGCUAGGAAAUCCGAACAGAUGAAAAGUUUUUAGGGGAUAAAAAUAUGCCUAUAUCUACCGUUUAAAUACUAAAAUACGUUCAACAAUGCUAUGUUAAGUGGUUUUGAACUAUAUCCUCGUUGGGUGCCCCUGUCUAUGGCCCGUUUCAAAUGACGUCUUUCUACUGCCCUGUCGAGCUCAAAUGAAUUUGACCCGGCAGUUGCAUGGCAAUAGCACGGGAGUGGUUUCAAACGAUGAAUUUGAUUCAGUCGCGCCAAAUUCAAAAUAAAGAAAACGUCAAACUGAACAAACCUUCCAACCAUCCAAAAUGGCGGACAGAAACUCAAGGGAAGAUCGCAAUCGGAAGAAAUUUGCUUUGCCGGAGACAAUUUUAAACGCUAGACGGCAACGGCAGCUGAUGCAGUACUGUCCAUUUUAAAUCAUUUUGUUGCAAGGAGAAGGUUAAUUCUUAAAGUAUGCGCUUUUGCUCUCCUCCUGCUUUCCUUUCACGAAGGCAAGAAAGAUGUCAGCUAGAUUUCCGUCCCUUCUUAACUGUUUUAUUUUUCUUGCGAGGCCUCUUCGAGUCUUCUUGUUUUCUCUCUUCGGGGCCGCUCUCCGUGUCAUAACUUUCUUGUUCGGAGUCAGUUUCUCUAUUAUUUCACAAUCUACUGUGUCUUCUUCAUCAGAAAAUUGAGAAAAAGAGAUUGUGUACGGACUGGAACUACUUUGACAUUUUGCCGCCAUUUUGUCAAAACCCUCAUCCCAGAGCCCGCCACGGUCAGCUACAGCAUGCGCAGUCAGGCACAGUAGAGUCAAAACGCUUAAACAUAUACAUUUUCGUAAUUUAUGAAUUGAGUUCGGCACGGCAACCGAAACCAAGCCGUGUCACUGCCGUGUAGCACGGCAGACCCUGUCGAAUUUAAUUGCCGUGUCGACCUAAAUUCAAUUUGCUGAACUGAAUGAUUUCAAACGUCGCGCCACCGUAGGCUCAAUUUCCGCCGUCUCCCGUGUCCGGUCUUUGAUCCUCCUUCGGGGGAUGAGUGCGGGCUCAUUUUCCCGAACAGUGGCUGGUAAUCGAGCCUAGCCACCUCCGUGCCAAAGUCGAAUAAAUUCUAUCAAUUGAGUUCGGCACCGCAGUAGCACGACGUGUGAAACAGGCCUAUGUCAUUUUAUCACUUGUUGCGCCCUGAGAAGCCACUUGACAUUGCCCUUAUCCCAUCAGUCCCUAAGGACGUGCAAAGAUGGCGGUAUCGCGGAUAUGGUCUAUUUAUUCAUUUUUUAUUAAACUUGAACUUGACCUUGAAGCAAGGAAAUAUGCUCAGACAAGAUUUUUUUCCUUGAUUUUGAUUUAUUAGCACGGUCGUAUUAGUUAUGUCAUUGGCAAGCAAUAUUUAUUGCAUAACUUUGUAUUGACUGCGUAACAAGCAGCGAAAGGUCAAAUCGGACAGUUCUGAUGCUGCAUCAACCUUCCAUUAGCAAAAUCAAACAAUAAAGUUUGGAUCUUGAGAGUAAAUCAGAUUCGAGCAUUUUGGUUAUUGACACCGUUUUUUUCAAUUAUACGGAGCGUUAAACUUAAUUUGCUCCAACAACUUCUCACUGAUACUCCUAUUUCAAAAUCUGGUUUAGGGUACUACUGAGAAAGGAGGAGAAGGGAAAAUAGAAGCAGCUGCGAUACCUGAACUGAAAAUCGACCCUUCCUUACCUCCAGAAGAAUUUACGGAACUCCUUGUUCAAUAUCUGGAAGGUUUAAAUCUUGACAACGACACCUCAGCAGUUGAACACCACAUGGACCUUGAUCUGUGGGACUUUGCCGGGCAACAUCUUUACUAUACAUUUUGCCCAGUUUUCUUCUCGUGGCGGGCAGUUUAUUUACUGGUUUACAACCUCAGCAAAGGAUUAAAUGAAAUUGCCAUGCCUUGUUUUAGACGAGGAUUUUUUAACAUUCCCCUUGAGAACUCAAAUCGCCAAACAAAUUUGGAAAAUUUGUUGUCGUGGUUGGUCACCCUCAGUUCAGUUUGCUCAUCAAAGCCAGAAGCGAAUGAAAGAACACCGUCAGAAUCAGAUCUGCCUUACACUCGCCCACCAGUGUUCAUAGUGGGAACACAUGCGGACAGAAAACAGGAUCAGGAUGUGAAAGAGAUGGAAUUACAAAUAACGAAGGAAAUUUCCGGAAAAGACUACGAAAGUCACGUGAUCCGCCCUUUCUUUUCAGUUGAUAAUACGCAAGGAUCAUCUGAUAAGGGGGUCGCUGCACUUCAGAAAAAAAUUGUCGAAGUUUUGAAGAAAGAACCAUAUAUGGGGGAGGAGAUACCCCUAAGGUACACUUAUUUUCAGUCCAAAGUAAUACAAAGUAAACUUAAUUUUCUUCCUAGUUUACACUCUUUUUUUCUAAGAACCUUUUUUCAUAAGAACGUUCAGCCUGAAAUUUGCCAAAAUGUAAAGAAUAUGCUAAGAACAUACUGGCUCAGAGAAGAACAAUUUGUCUUUUACUGCUUUUACUUUCCUAAAACCAGAAAAUCUGAACACUUUCAUAAUUUCCUACAUGGAAUCAGAGUACAUGUAAAAUUAUGUUCUUUCAUCACAUUCUUAUUGUGUAUGUCAAUAACACAUUUGCACUGAACUUGUUCAAUCCAUUAAUGUGAAAAAUAUAAUCACUGUCUUUAGAAAAGUGUCACUAGCACAAUGUCCGUUAUUGAACUUUAAGAAAAUCUGUAACAACAUUUCCAGGCUGAAACUGCCCAGAAAAUAAAAACGAUCCAAACUCGAAAAAUUGACGUUCUUAUUAAAUAAAGAAAGAGUGUAUUUAAGUUAAUGGUUAAUUUAACUAAAAAGUAGGGUUGUGAUUAAUGGGAGAUCUUCUGAACGGUGGGGAUGAAAACUUGGUUGCGCCCACUGAUAUAAGGAAAAUACAGCAGCAGGAUGAUACAAGCGUACUGUUUACAGUGUUGGAGCGGUUAUUAUUGGUUAGUUGUCGUUUGAAACCCCUGUUUAAAGAAACUUUCUCUGCUGCUGCUGCGGCGUUCUUAAGAAUGAUAAACCCCUUUUGAGCUGCUUGUGUGUGGAUCAUGCUUAAUGUUGCCUGUUGACCGAAGGUGGACACCAAAAAUAUUUGUGUCCGUUUUUGUAUAAACCCUUUAAAAGUUCCAAACUAACGAAUCAGUAAUUUCUGUCCCAUUUAAAAAGUCUCUAGGGUUUCAUACUUAUUAGUGCAGCGGCUAAAUUGCGUCAACUUUGAAAUAACUGCGAAAAAAGGUUCGAAUGAAAUUUUGAUAUUUGUUUUUCAGGUGGUUCAACUUCGAGAAGGUUGUGCAAGCUUUGGCUGCUGAAAAUGUACAUUACUUGAAACUUGAUCAACUUAAAGACAUCAUCCGGAAAUUUUGCUUCAUUGAAAAUGAGGAUGACUCGUCACUUUGUUGGAUUACUAUCAUGACAUUGGAAAGAUUGUCCGGCACCACAACACAGUCGUACUUCGGGCCAAAUGGCUGAUUGACAUCUUCAAAAAACUUGUAACCAUUUGUCCCUUUUGAUGACUCG